AUUGAUCAAUUUAUUGAGUAUGACCAAUCAGUUUAUUUUGUUUAGGAAGCUACCCUUACACUGAGACUGGGCGGUAAACAGGUUACCGAACAGCUGAUGAACCAGCUGAUCAACGGAAAAUAUUCUUUCCCAGAUGAUAAUUUUCUUCUCUGGAGAAAAAAGAAGAAAACAAAGUUCACAGUUUCAUCAAAAAAGGAAAUUAUCAGGGAAAUGAAGGAGCAGUACUGUCAUAUUAGCACAACAUAUGAUCAGAGUAUGAGCGAGGAAGGAUAUACAGAGGAGAGUAUACGGUUACCAGACGGGAAUAUGAUUGUUAUCGGAAAGGAAGCUAUUUCAGCACCAGAAAUCAUGUUUCAGCCUGAGUUAGCUGGUAAGAAGAGCUGCGGUGUACAUGAGUUAAUAUACUAUUCUCUCAUGAAAUGUGACGAGAAGCUUAGACCAGAGCUUUUAUCCAAUAUUACACUGUCCGGUGGGAAUACAAAGUUCCCUGGGUUUGAGAAGAGGAUCUAUCAGGAGCUCACCAAACUUCUACCAGACAAAACUAGUGUCCGGGUCAGAGCUUUACCAAACAGAGAGCUUCUAGGAUGGGUUGGAGGCGCCAGGUUGAGUAACCUCAGUUCCUUCCAGAGAUUUUGGGUUACCAAGGGAGAUUACAGUGAGAACGGAGAAUCAGUUUUCCAGCAGCAGGAGUCUCCAGCUGGAUUAUUUGAUACGAAAAACGGGAAUGUUCCGACUCCUGUUCCAAGCAUUAACUAAGAACAGGAACGAUUCUUCAGGUGUUUCCAGCUUCAACCAAGAACUGGAACGGUCCUAAUCGUGUUUUAACCUAAACCAAGAACUGGAACGGUCCUAUUCUUGAUUUUUACCUGAACCAAGAACUGGAACUUCCCCAGCAUAUAAACCGCCUGCGAAACAGUCCUUUGUUUCUUGAAAAGAAAAUUUCGCAAGAAUGAAGAAGAGAAAUUUUUGAUUACUUCAGAUUGAAAUUAAGUUUUUUAAUUAUAUUUAUAAAUUUUCUGGUUUCUGACCGAGAUGAAGGUUAUAGACUGAAUUCAGAAAAAAAUAGUUUUUGGGCGGAAAAAGGAAUUUAUUUUUAACUUAUCCAUGUCAGACCGUAACAUUUAGUCUUAUAUCAGUGCUUUGUUGAUUUUCAGCUCAUUUCUCAAAUAUAGAAAAAAAAUUAAAUUUAAAAACUAGUUGAAAAAUUUUGGCUGUCUUGUCAAAUUUUAAAUUAAACUCUUUGCUGAAAGAUUAUUUUGAAUAAGAAUAUAAAUAAUUAAUUUCUUGGUUUAAUCUGCACUGGUUUCAACAGUGGAAUUUGAUUACAAAUUGAAUUAUUGUCUUUUAACUUCUUUUAACAAAUUUAAAUUUUAAAACUUAUUUAUCUCUUCAUUUGAUAUUGGUUAUCACUUUAUCAAAAAUGAAACUAUCGUAGUCUAAAAAUAACAGCGAUUACUAGCAUUUCUAGAAAAUUUAUUAAAAGGUUGAAAUUUGACCCGCUACGGGGUUAUUGGUCCAAUAUGUUGAUGUGCUAGCAACAUGAUAUAUUUGUGUUUGCUAUGAUAUAAAUAGCUAGCAACAUGAUAAAUUUGUGUCUGCUAUGAUAUAAACAGUUAGCAACAUGAUAUAUUUGUGUUUGCUAUGAUAUAAACAGCUAGCAACAUGAUAUAUUUGUGUCUGCUAUGAUAUAAACAGUUAGCAACAUGUUAUAUUUGUGUUUGCUAUGAUAUAAACAGCUAGCAACAUGAUAUAUUUGUGUUUGCUAUGAUAUAAACAGUUAUCAACAUGAUAUAUUUGUGUCUGCUAUGAUAUAAACAGUUGGCAACAUGAUAUAUUUGUGUCUGCUAUGAUAUAAACAGUUAGCAACAUGAUAUAUUUGUGUCUGCUAUGAUAUAAACAGCUAGCAACAUGAUAUAUUUGUGUUUGCUAUGAUAUAAACAGUUAGCAACAUGAUAUAUUUGUGUCUGCUAUGAUAUGAACAGCUAGCAACAUGAUAUAUUUGUGUCUGCUAUGUUAUAAACUGCUAGCAAGAUGAUAUAUUUGUGUCUGCUAUUUUAUAAACAGCUAGCAACAUGAUAUAUUUGUGUCUGCUAUGUUGCUACUAACAACAUUAUAUAUUUGUGUCCGCUAUGUUAUAAACUGCUUUGCAAUAAUUUCCAAUGUUAAAAUGUGCCUUUUCUACUUGUUGCUGACAAAUGUCUUUCUUUCUUCAAAGCUAUUGGAUUAUUCUGCUCGCGUUACAUGAUUACUUUAAUUAAUGGAUAAAUUUGCAUUUUAUUCAGAUUAUUUAAAAUUACUGAGAUCUGGAAGUCAUGAAAACUCUGUAAUUCUUUGUCCUCUUUGGAGUAAGAUUUGAGUUUUUAAUUUUCUUGAUAGUUUUCAGCUGGAGGCUCAUUGUUUUUGGGGAUUUUAACGAUAUUAUGCCUUGUAUACAGGGUGUCCCACUAAACAUGAUGGUUGGUUAAUAUAUCAGGUUGUAUCAGAAUAUUAUACCAAUCUCAGAUUUUAUCGUUCAUUAAAUCUGUAAAUUAUAUAAAGUACUAUGAAUUAGUUUUAUUGAAAUGACAAAACGACCUAGAACAAUUAAAUUGCGAUAAAAGCCGCACCCAACUUUUUAUAAUAGAGCUUUGUAUUAUUUUGGUUUGUCUGCGGUUUGGCACACUUCUACAAAAUAUAAAAACAUUCGAAACUGCACUCAUUUUUAGUAGGACUCCCUGUAUUCAUUGGGUUCGCUUCUAAUCACUGUGUUCGAAUGAAGAUGUCCCAUAAUAGCUAUAAACAGUCUACGAAAAACCGCCAUUAAACUUACAAUCUUAUUGAUUGUAUUCCCUGUGAGUCCGUGCUAUCAUGUCAAAUUAUACACACACAAAAAAUUAUAUUGCUCCAGUAAACCGAGUUAGUAUGAUUAUAAUACAAAUUAACCAAUCUUACACAAAUAUUUUACCAUAUUUUAUUUGCCAUAAAACUGGUUUUGUCCACAGUGCGAGGCGUGAAGAGCUAAACCAUGAUUAAAACGCCAUUUUUAAUGUUUGCUUUCUAUGUUAUAUGUAGACUCAUUUAAAUAUAUUUAUCAAAUAAAUUUAUGAAUUUA